AUGGCAACAAAAUCCGCAGAACAUCAAGAAUUUGCUGACCCGAACACGUGCAAGAAACUGGAUUGUAAAGGUCGUCCUUGCACAAAAUGUCAUAUGUGUUGUGAUUGGCAUUUUACCGGAAAUCAAGAGACAUGGAGACAUAUCACCAAUUGGAAGAAUUGGACAAACGAUGAAUGGAAGCGUUUUUACAAUGAUCGUAUUUACAAGAAUUUUAUGAAACGUGAUGGUGCCACCUGCCGUAAUGAUAUUGGUGAUGAUUAUGAUGGUCGUUGUGGUAUUGACGAUCGUUGUGAUUAUUAUUAUGGUUCUUAUGGUGAUUGUUGUCGUGAUCGUAAUAUUAAUCGUUGUGGUGAUGACUAUUCUUAUCAUCUGUGUGUUUGUGAGCUACAUGAAGACUAUAUUGCGUAUAAGGAGGCUACAUUGUUUACACCUUUGUUAUGGAAUGUUCCUCACAACAUUCCGUAA